AUGUUGAAUCUGUUUCUUCACCACAUAAGCCAUAUGGAAUGGCCCAUAGCGGCUCUUAUAAUCAGUCUUCUCAUACUGCUAGUAAAUACCAUAUACAAUCUAUUCUUUCACCCCUUGGCCAAUAUCCCCGGGCCUUUCCUCGCCAGAGCAAGCCAAAUACCUUCAUGGUAUCACGCCCACCGAGGCGACCGGCAUCUCUGGCUAUGGCAGCAGUUUCAAAUAUACGGCGACAAGAUACGCCCGGAACCAAACACGGUCCUUUUCAACAAUCCCGAAGCGUACCCGGAUAUAUACAGCCAGAAGUCGAAUGUGAAGCGAAGCAAGUUAUACAGGGCAAUACAGCUCAACGGCUUUGAAGAUACAACGCUUACUACGACUGAUGUCGCCGGGCAUGCGCGGAAACGAAAGCUCCUGAGCCUCGCUUUCACGGAGAAUUCGGUGCGCGCCGCGUCAAAUUUUGUCAUCCAGCAUUUGGACCGUUGGAACCAACUUCUUAUCGAGGAUGCUGAUUCCGAUUGGCAACCUGCGGUCGAUAUUUCGGAGAAGGUAAACGGUCUAGUCUUCGACAUCAUGGGCGAUCUCAGUUUUGGGAAGUCUUUCGAUGUUAAGGAACCUGGCGUUAACCCCCUGAAAGCCAUCCCUCAUAGCAUUACAGAUUAUUUGUCGUUGAACUAUACGAUUGCCCACUCUCCCUUGCUCGAUUACUUUGUUUGGCUGAAGCCCAAGGGUUUGGACACGCUUUUCGCAGCGGUGAUGCCACGAAAUAUCCGGCAGUAUAGACAUUUUGUCCACGAUAGCGUCACUGAGAGGAUUACCUUGCAUCAGAAACAGACUGAGAAACCGGAAGCUGAGCGGCGCCAGGAUAUAUUCUAUUUUCUAUGCGAAGCCCGUAACCCCGACACUGGACUUCCGGCGUAUAGGGAAGCCGAGCUCCGGGCGGAGGCCAACUUGAUAAUUAUUGCCGGGUCGGAUACUACGUCUAUCAGCCUCUCUGGGCUAUUCUUUUACUUGACUAGUGACGACCUGCGUUAUCAGAAGCUUGUUCGGGAGAUUUGUACCGAGUUCAAAUCUGCUGAGGAUAUUGUGUACGGACCAAAACUUUCCUCUUUAGUAUACUUAAAGGCAUGUAUUGAAGAGGGGAUGCGUCUUACACCGGUGAUCCCUAGCGAGCUUCCUCGAGAAGUCCUUCCAGGGGGGAUCGAGAUCCAAGGAGAGUAUUUCCCAGCAGGAAUCAACGUUGGUAUGGCCAACUGGGCACUAUCCCGUGAUCCGGAGGUUUACGGCGACCCCGAAUUGUUUCGUCCUGAGCGCUGGAUUGUAGAUGAGGCCACGGGCGUAACGGAGAAGGACGUGGAAAGGGCGCGGUCUGGUAGUCACCCCUUUGCUGGAGGACCUGGUAAGUGCCUUGGACGAAACUUCGGAAUGAUGGAAAUGAUGAUUAUAGUCGCUCGAACCCUUCACCGAUUAGACGUCAGGAGGGAUUCAGGCUCUACAUUGGGGUCAGGCGGACCUGAGUAUGGACGGGGCACACGCGAUAGGAAGCAAUUCCAGCUGUUUGACGCGUAUAUUUCAGCGCGACGUGGCCCAAUGUUACAGUUCAGGAAGAGGCAGCAGUCGGAUUAUACCUAG